CAAAUUUUAUCCUUUGAGAUGGUUGAGGUGAGCAGCUGAUUGAGAAUGGCAUCUACGUCCAGUUCACGUGUUUGGGUUUAUCUUCGUAAAGGAGUUGAAAACAAACCACAAUUGGCGAAGUUUAUACAGAGUAUAUUGGACUUUUUUGGUUACCAUGAACACAUAGGAGAAGUUAGUUGUGUACUUGAUGACAACAAGUUAAUAAUUUCAGACAGUGGAGAGAACCGUGUCACAAUAAAGAGACCAAUGUCUUGUCCAAUUCAUUGCAUCAAAUCAGAUCAGAUUAGUGCUGUACCCGAGUCAGUCCUACAGCGUGGAGUUGAUGUUGUAGUAUGUACGUUAUUGAGAACCAACGACAGAAAGACUCUCCUCGCAAGAAGAGCCCAAGAUUUAAGAAUCUUUCCUGGUGUGUGGGCCCCUCCUGGUGGACAUGUAGAGCUUGGCGAAAGUUUAAUUGAAGCAGCUUUUCGGGAGCUACAUGAAGAAACUGGCCUCUUACUGAACCCUGAAGUAUGCCCUAGUAAAAUGAUUGGCUUGUGGGAGUGUGUCUAUCCACCAUUUUUAUCCAGAGGUCUACCAACACGACAUUAUAUAGUUGUGUAUAUGAGCACAAGUGUAGACCAAUGUCACGAUGACCUUGAUAAAAAUAUCCAUUUACAACGUAGUGAAGUAGAAGCAUCUGCAUGGCUGGGUGAGAUGACCGUUCAAGCUAUUGUCGCUACAGACGGGGAAAGUACAUUAAACGCAAACGAAUACAAUUUACCAGAAAGUUUUAUUGCCACUGUACUGGGAAACGAUUUAAAGCAACACCACAAAGAGUUGGACACUUCUAUUUUUUUUGCAAAAGCUCCUUUGUCUGGUAAGGACAUUGAAAGCGUCCUUCCAUUAACCAAAUUUGGUUUAUCGCAAUGGCUGAAAUUCAACAAUAACAUUACAUCUUAA